GCAAUUCUUGCCCAGUUCUCAAUCAACUCUUUACAACACCUCAGAAGCGUGUCGCCUGCAGCGUCUACUGCAGCAACAACAACUCAUUUCAGCACAAAACUAAAAGAUGAGGAGAAGUGUCUUCUGCGCGCGGCCGGCGCAUGCCGUGUACCGCGUCUUUGGCAAUCGACAGCCCCGUCGCACCUUUGCCACGCUCUCUACCAAGGACGACAGCCCGCCGUCGCCGAUUGAGCCGUCCAAGGAGCAGGCACAUCCGAUAGGCCCGUUCUAUGAGAGCAUCCUCCGCACUCCGCAGCCGAUUCCCAAGGAAAAGCCCGAAAUACCACCCGUGACUUCGCAAAAUUCCCCGGCGGCGGAAGCACCAAAGCCCGCAGCCGAGCCAUCCAAGCCCGCUCCGGAGGAGACGCCGGCCAAAGCCUCAGCAGACACCGCAACACCAACAACAGCAGAAGAGAAGGCCAAGCCCGCCGCACGACGCACUCGAAAAGCAAAGCAACCGGCCGCUGAUGACACCACCACCAAGUCGGUCCCCUUCUCCUCCACCACUACCACCUCUUCUUCUUCUUAUCCCUCCCCACCACCACAAUCUGCCCCCGGACCCGCCCUCUUCCCACAAGCAAGUCAAGCAGAGCAAACGGACGAACCGUCAUCUAACAGCGACGUACAGGCCCGCGCCCGCGUCGUCUUCGGCUCACGCCUAGCGGGUCCCGCCGAGCGCGCCGAGCGGCUGGAGCGCAUCCGCCGCGAGAGCCGGCUGAUCGCGGGCGUGCUCGUUCCCCCCAAACCCGAGGAGCCCGACAACUGCUGCAUGAGCGGGUGCGUCAACUGCGUGUGGGACCGGUUCCGCGACGAGAUGGAGGACUGGGCGGACAAGAGCGCCGAGGUGGAGCGCCGGUUGCGGGCGCGCGCUGCUGCCGAGUCCAAAGAGGGGGAGGAGGGUACCGGCGUGCUCGAGGUCACCGGGGAGAGUAUGGCUGCUGCUGAUGAUGCUGGAAGGCGGCAGGGAGAGGGGUUGGGGUUCCAUCAGGAAGCGGAGGAUAGGGGCGCCGUUAGCAUGGAUGAUGACGGGGGCGGGUCGGUGGAUAAUUGGGUCCCCUUGGAUAGUCCCACUGCGCCUGCUGCUGGGAAGAGGAUAAGCAAGGACUUUUGGGACGAGGAACUGUAUAAAAAUCUGCCGGUGGGUAUUAGAGAGUUUAUGAAACAGGAAAAGAGGCUCAAGGAGAAGCAUAUGAGAGAAGGGUCGCUUGGGGGGUGA